AUGCGUCUCUCCAGCUACCUUCUCGGAUGCUGUCAAAAGACCCUGUUUCGCACGACAUCUCGAACCCCCUGUGGCUUCCACCAUGCGCCAAUCGCGUCCAUAUGCGAGGAUACUGCGCUCAAAACCCAGGACUCGUUGCCCAACCGUAGGGAUGGAGAGCAAUCGGCACGUUUCACCUGGGACGGCCUGGCUGAUUCAGGAGCUCGAGAGAGGCGUGGCUCACGGCUUGCCCGACCUAGCGAGGCGGUCUUCCGGGACAUCAAGGAACCCCAGCUGGCUGAUCUGAUUUCUGGUUUCACCGGCGCUUUCCAUCAGCUCGAGAAACGGAAGCCGCACCUGCGUCUGACUCAGCGGAUAAUUGUGGGUGACAUGGCGAUGCUACGACACAUACACGCCAACUAUGUCCGUCAGGGGACGAGCGACGAGGCGACAUGGGUGGUUAGCGUCCUGGAGGACGUUCAGUCGAUUCUUGAUCAAAGUCUUACAGUAGCGGAGUACAGGGAAGACUACCACAUGAUUGCCAAAGUUGCCGACUCGAUUUGUGAGCACGUCGACCGUCUCAAUCCCGGCAACACGUGGACCAAGGAGAACCGCCAUCUGCUGCAGCGUCAAUACAUCAGGUGGAACCACAUGCCUCCUGAGACGGAUUACUAUGUGACGUUGGGGCUCUACAACACGACAAGUCAGAGCAGAGCCUUGGAACGACGGACACAGUUCUGGUGCGAGGUGGCUUGCCAGUAUCAGCAGGGCUUUCUUCGAUAG